AUGACCGAUCAAACUCCGCUCCCAUCGGCGCCUGACGCCACCAACAACAACAACCCAGCACCUCAUAAGAGGCGUAGUCCCAACAGACUGAUUGUUGAGGAGGCCGUAAAUGAUGACAACUCUGUUGUGUGCAUAUCCACGGCUAAGAUGGAGGAGCUCGGCUUCUUCCGUGGUGACAAUGUCCUUAUCAAAGGUAAGAAGCGCAAGGACACCGUGUGCAUCGUCAUGAGUGAUGCCGAUCUGGACGACCAGAAGGUCCGCAUGAACAAGGUCGUUCGUAAGAAUCUAAAGGUCCGCCUUGGUGAUAUUGUUGGUGUUUAUGCGGCUGGAGACGUCCCCUAUGGCAAACGAAUUCACGUCUUGCCGUUUGAUGAUACCAUUGAGGGUAUCACUGGUAACCUCUUCGACACAUACCUCAAGCCCUAUUUCCAAGAGGCUUAUCGUCCCGUUCGACAAGGCGACUACUUCCUGGUACGUGGGGGGUUCCGACCAGUAGAAUUCAAAGUUGUUGGCGUUGACCCCGGCGAGUACUGCAUCGUGGCGCCCGACACUGUGAUUCACUGUGAAGGGGAGCCCAUCCAUCGUGAAGACGAGGAGCGUUUGGACGAUGUUGGCUAUGAUGAUAUUGGAGGCUGCAGAAAGCAAAUGGCUCAAAUACGAGAGAUGAUCGAGUUGCCCCUGCGUCAUCCCCAAUUGUUUAAGACUCUCGGAGUGAAGCCUCCUCGAGGAGUGCUCCUAUACGGUCCUCCAGGAUGCGGCAAGACUCUUAUCGCACGAGCCAUCGCGAAUGAAACUGGAGCGUUUUUCUUUCUGAUCAACGGGCCUGAGGUUAUGAGUAAAAUGGCGGGAGAGGCGGAAUCGAAUUUGAGGAAGGCCUUUGAGGAG